AUGGACGAAAUUGAGAGACGGCGGAUUGAGUGUCUAUUAGAAAGCACAGAAGAAGAUGAUUUAUUAGGAGGCUUUUCAAGUGAUGAUAAUGAUAACAAUACACCAACAUAUGAACCUCAUGACCAAAAUACGGAUACAGAACAGUCAAUUUCUAGUGCAAGUUCUAUCGGAAAUAUUUCUAAUGAAUCAGAUUCUGAAUAUUCGUACCAUGAAUCUGACGAUGAUUUACCUAUAUCUAUGAGACGCAAAUUUUUUAUUGGAAAAGACGGAACAAAAUGGAAUAGAAAACCAAAUGUUCGUUGUUGGAUGUUAUUUUUUUCAAAUGAUAUGUUAGAGCAUAUAGUAAAAAUGACGAAUAUAUAUAUUGAAAAAGUUCGACCUAAUUACAAUAGAGAAAGAGAUGCUUCGGAAACAUGUGUUCGCGAAAUCAAAGCACUUUUGGGCAUAUUAUAUACAAUUGGAGCAAUAAAAUGUAAUCAUAGAUCCACUGAGGAUCUUUGGAAAAUAUAUGGGUGUGGAGUAGAUAUUUUAGCAUGUGUUAUCUCGGAGCAUAGAUUCCCUUUUUUACUUCGUUGUAUACCAUUUGAUGAUAUCCGAGGAAGGGACAUAAGAAAAAAAAUUGAUAAUAUGACUCAUAUUCGACAUAUAUUUGAUUUAUUUGUAAAUAAUUGUAAAAAUACAUAUACUGUUUCCGAAUACUGCACGAUUGACGAAAAAUUACAAUCAUUCAGAGGUCAUUGUUCUUUUAGAGUAUAUAUGCCAAAUAAGCCCGCAAAAUAUGGACUAAAAAUGUUUGCUUUAGUAGAUAGUAUUAAUUAUUACACACUCAAUAUCGAACUUUAUGCUGGUAAACAACCAGAUGGUCCAUUUUUAGUUGAUAACGCUGCAUCUUGCGUUGUAAAACGAUUAGCAAACCCAAUUUUGAAUACUGGUAGAAAUAUUACAUUUGACAAUUGGUUUACUAGUUUUCCAUUAGCAGAUUAUUUACUCCAAAAUAAAACAACUAUGGUAGGCACAGUUCGAAAAAAUAAAAGAGAAAUCCCUCCCGAAUUUCUCAUUUCAAAAGGUCGUGACUUAUAUUCGUCAUAUUUUGGUUUUUCAAAAAAUAAAUCAAUCGUGUCGUAUAAAGCUAAAUCAAAUAAAAUAGUUUUGAUAGCUUCGACAAUGCACAAUGAUAAGGCUAUUGAUAUGAAUACUGGAGAAAAAUUAAAGCCAGAAAUGAUUACGUUUUACAAUUCGACCAAAAGUGGUGUAGAUACUAUGGAUUGGAUGACUGAAAACUACAGUGUGGCAAGACAUGGUGCUCGUUGGCCUCUUACAGUAUUUUAUUCUCUACUCAAUAUCGGAGGACUAAAUUCAAUGAUUGUGUACCAAGAAAAUACGCAAGUAAAGAAAACACGUUUAGAAUUUUUGAAAUCAUUGGGUAGGCAACUUAUGGAGGAUCAACUAAAGUACAGAAUGACAAUUAGCAGUCUGCCCAGACCACUAAAAACAAGACUUCAAAAUUAUGUUACGGUUGAAAGAGAAGUGCUCCCUCAAAAGUUGAGAAGUUCGAACCGAUGUGCUUUUUGUGAAAGAGCGAAAGACAAAAAAACCACUAAAGUGUGCACCAAUUGCAUAAAGCCUAUAUGUAGAGAUCACUUGAUAGAAAUUUGCCCAGAUUGUUUUACAUUAUAA